ACAGUAGUAGAAAAAAAUCUGGUUGCCAUGAAUUUCAGCUAGCUAGCCACCGACAAAUGUCAGUACACUUGAGUAAAACCAUCCAUGUCAAGACGGAGGAAGGGUUUUCGAAGUCUCGUGCUGCUUCUGUGUACAUGUAGGAGCACACCAGCCUGCCUGCCGACCUACUGUGAUUCGGAUCCAGCUGGCUCAGUGACUACAACAGGAAACCUUGGCACACUUGUGUGCCAAUUCAUUUCAAGAGCCAGGGAUUUCUAAGUCCAGAAGAUGAACGGUCUGUCAAUACGAGAGCUAUGCUGCCUGUUCUGCUGCCCCCCUUGCCCCAGUCGCAUUGCAGCCAAACUGGCUUUCCUCCCUCCAGAGCCAACCUACGCCCUCCUCCCUGACCCAGAUCCAGCCUCUGGAGCUGGUGCUGCCUCAGGGUCCAGCUCCGGGGCUGCUCUGCCCUCUCUCGGAGCUCCAGGACUGCGCUCCAGGCUAAGCACUAGUAGUGGAGGUGACAGAGGGGGUGGAGGUGGAGGCGGCGGCGGUGGAGGAGGAGGAGGAGGAGGAGGAGGAGGCGGCGGAGGCAGCAGUAGUGGCGGGGGGAGUGAAGGCAGGUGGAAGCUUCACCUUACGGAGAGAGCAGAGUUCCAGUAUUCACAGAGAGAGCUGGAUGUGACAGAUGUGUUCCUGACCAGAUCUAGCCGUGGGAACAGAGUGGGGUGCAUGUACAUCCGCUGUGCCCCUAAUGCCAGGUUUACAGUGCUGUUUUCCCACGGCAAUGCAGUAGACUUGGGCCAGAUGAGCAGCUUUUACAUUGGCUUAGGCACCCGCAUCAACUGCAACAUCUUUUCCUACGAUUACUCAGGCUACGGUGUUAGCACUGGAAAGCCCUCUGAGAAGAAUCUCUACGCUGACAUUGAUGCUGCUUGGCAUGCCCUGCGCUCCCGGUACGGCAUAAGCCCAGAGAAUAUCAUCUUGUACGGACAAAGCAUCGGCACAGUGCCCACAGUCGACUUGGCUUCACGGUUUGAGUGUGCUGCUGUGGUCCUCCACUCUCCUCUCACCUCUGGUAUGAGGGUGGCCUUUCCUGACACCAAGAAAACAUACUGCUUUGAUGCCUUCCCCAAUAUUGAGAAAGUGUCGAAGAUCCCGUCUCCAGUGCUCAUCAUCCACGGUACAGAAGACGAGGUGAUCGACUUCUCACACGGCCUCGCCCUGUUUGAGCGCUGCCCCAAGGCCGUGGAGCCCCUGUGGGUGGAGGGGGCGGGCCACAACGACAUUGAGCUUUACAGUCAGUACCUUGAGAGGCUACGGCGCUUCAUCAACCAGGACCUGGCUGCACAGCAUGCCUGAGUAACAAACAACAGCCUCUCUGCGUUGGUAUGAAUGAGUGUAUGUGAGUGUGACGUCAGCAUGUUUGCGAGGUGUGGGUGAGAAAUUUACCUAAACAAAUGUGUGAUUCUUUUUUUUUUUUUUUUUGUCACAUCUGUGUGUCUUUGAGGCAGCACACCUUAGGUCACCUUUUGACACAACACAUGUUAAAGUAAUUUCCUGUUUUAAAGGUAAGACCAUUUUUUAAUACAUCGUUAGCUGUAUCCAUCUGUGCGGCAGUGACAUACAACACUAAAACGAGGACUGACUUAAACAAGUUCACAAACACAUUUUUUAAUGGAGGUAGAGUUAUGAAUCGUGUCUCUAAUUUGUUACACAACAGUGCAGGUCUGAAAAAGGCACACAGAUGUAAUUUUAAAAUAUGAUAUGUUGGCGAAUGUAUGAGCCAUAGAUGUUAAAUGUAUUCAUAUCUCCAUGGACACAUGAAUAAUGUGUGUGUGCAUGUUUGUGUGUGAGCGAGGUAGUGCUGGAAGAAAUGAAGGACAUCCUGAAGACUUAAACAGCUGCAAGUGAAGGAGGCUCAUGAAGACUUCUUUUUUUUUAUGUGCGUGUAUGUAUGAAGAAUACCUCCACAGCUCGACCAGUUCUCUCUCUCUCACUCCGGUGGACAACGACUGGUCAAGCAGGUGCCCCUUCCUCACAUUUUUCCCCUCUCCUCCGCCUCUUGUUUACCUGUUACUGGACAUCCAUCCGACUGCCAGGGCAUUUUCCAAAACUGUCAUCCAGCUAGCACUACCCUUCUUUACUCGUGUGGUUUGGGGGUCCAUCUCCUUCCCUUCAUGUCAGUUAUCAUGGAAAUACAAGGACUGGCCUGGAAAUCUGAUACUCAUACUCUUCUGAAUCUCAUUUUCUUCCUGUUUUGACUCUGAUGGGUCAGAUUCCACUUCAUUUCCUGGCUGUGCUGUAAAGUUUAGCCUUUUGCUGUCUACAGAGUUGCAGCUCUGCAACUAACAGGGAAUUUCAUUUACCUGUAUUGUGUUUUCCCUUCUCAGUCUAGUCAUAUUUGAGAAUGAAUGACAUGUUGCUGUGGACACAGGUUUAAGGCAGCGGCGCUGUUUGGAUGAUUCAUCAGCAUUAAGAAGUUGAGGCAUACUUUGUUUUUCUCAUGUCAGAUUAGAUUGGCUAGCUCUAAUGUGACUCCUGUAGACCCAAAGAAUUAACUCAUGCAACGUUUAAAGGGGAGACCACUCAGACUUCAUCCAAAAAUGCUAGAUUUUAAGGAAUAGUUCAAAAUUUAGGGAAAUGCUAGUGAGAUGAGUGUUGGGUGAGAAGAUUUAAUUCACUCUUGACUGUGGUGAGACAAGAAAUAGGCACAACUACCCAUGAAACAGCGUGGUAUUUUUACACUUUUAUUCCAAUCUGAAUGCAGAGGUGCUUGCAGGUGGAUUUGAUACCUUUGUUCAGGCAAGCAUGCUCUUUCCUGUUGUUUCCAGCCUUUUUACAAAGCUAUAGCUAUCCACCUGCACACUGUCGCUUGUAAUAGUCACGGAUGUAAGAAUGCCUCGUUCUUUUCACUCAACCUUCAGCAACAAAGCAAAUUGAGUUUUCUAAAUUUUAAACAUCUCCUUUAGGUCAAAAGCACAGCUGUUGAGAUGGCUUGUUUGUUGAUGUAACUGGCAUAUUUCCUCUUUAAGAAUCAGAUACUGUCUGGAUUUGUCGGUACUCACUUAAAAGGCUGCUCACUAAAGAGGAAUCAUGCUCAGAAUAGUCUCACCUCACCUCUUUGUGAAACUGAUCAACAUGUUAUUUCACAGCACAGUUUUUUCAUUAGUGCUCAUUUCCUUCGACCCCCAUGCACAUGUCCCCGUGUUUUUGUCUCAUUGUAACUAGUCUUUACGUGUUUGUCAUAGUCUAGGGCCAUGGACUGUCGACGUUAUGACUAACAAAGUGUGAUUCAGAUCUGUAACCAGGAUGGAACAUCAUGCCUCCUAGCUCUGUGUAACCUAUGUGGCCCUAAACGUACAGGAAGCUCUCUUAUGGGUGGCAGCACGCUUCAUGUGUGACACAAGCCAUAUUUGAGCCUCUCACUGUUGGUGUGGUGCAGGUUCCACCACACGCACCUUUGCACAUCAUCACACACACAUUUAAACACUACUCACACAUGCAUACACACACGUUAACACGGACUGUAGUUUACAGUGCAUUUACACAUUUAUAUAUAUCAGAUCAAGCAUGACAAAAGCAGGUCUUAAGUUCAGCACUAUUGUAAAGUAUCCAAAGUGUAAUAAGGGUAUAAAAAUGUAAGUUUGUGUGUCUUCAUUAUUAUUGACUUGUCUUCUACAGGCCAGCAUCGAGGAUACUAACAUCAUGUUUGUAUAACAAACACUGUGUGUAGACCUGAAAAAGUACAGGAACAAGAAAGCGAACAUUUCAGAUCCACACGCAGGAGACCCUUCAGUUUCAGUGAAAGUGGCUGCGCUUUUAUUUUUAUUUUUUUUAAGGGAACAUGUACGGAACUCGCACUGAUCUGAUUACUCCAUUUUGGGAGUACAAGUGGGUCUAAGUAAGGCGUAUAAAAGUUACUGAACACCACUCACUCUCUGUCAUCUCUUCGAGCAGGGAAUCCUUCAGUUGUCCUCUGUGCUUUGUGUCUCUGAUAUUUAAAUAAUGGAUAUCUGUUACCAUCUUGAACCCGAGAUCUGAGCCGUCAGAAGAAUCAGAGAGUUGAACGCCACUCUCUGAAAGUUUGGCCUCAGUUUCUCUCGGACAAGGCGUGCUUUCAGGGAAACCACUGGAUCCACUUUUUUCAUUCAUGGGGUUCAAGUAAGGCGGUGGAAACUCGCCGUUUUUAUUGAUGCACCACUAUGGUUGACGUUUAUCGUAUCCUCUGGCCCUGAAUGUUUAUU